AGACGCAGAGCCGCCUCUGGGCGGAACCGGAGGAUCUGUGGCCUCCGCGGCCCAAACAUCCUGUGGGAGAGGCAGUCCGUGGAGGUGCGCAUGCGCAGGCCGUCUUCGCCGACCCGGGGAACGCAGACGGGACCGGGGGCUGGGUCCGAGUAGAGCGGGCGCAGGAUGGACGAGGACGUGCUGACCACGCUGAAGAUCCUCAUCAUCGGCGAGAGUGGGGUGGGCAAGUCCAGCCUGCUCCUGAGGUUCACAGAUGACACCUUUGAUCCAGAACUUGCAGCAACAAUAGGUGUUGACUUUAAGGUGAAAACGAUUUCAGUGGAUGGAAAUAAGGCUAAACUUGCAAUAUGGGAUACGGCUGGGCAAGAGAGGUUCAGAACAUUAACUCCCAGCUAUUACAGAGGUGCACAGGGAGUUAUAUUAGUUUAUGAUGUCACAAGAAGAGACACCUUUGUUAAACUGGAUAAUUGGUUAAAUGAAUUGGAAACAUACUGUACAAGAAAUGACAUAGUAAACAUGCUAGUUGGAAAUAAAAUUGAUAAGGAAAAUCGUGAAGUUGAUAGAAAUGAAGGCCUGAAAUUUGCACGCAAGCAUUCUAUGUUGUUCAUAGAGGCAAGUGCAAAAACCUGUGAUGGUGUUCAGUGUGCCUUUGAGGAGCUUGUUGAAAAGAUCAUUCAGACACCUGGACUGUGGGAAAGUGAGAACCAGAACAAAGGAGUCAAGCUGUCACACAGAGAAGAGAGCCAUGGAGGAGGAGCCUGUGGUGGUUACUGUUCUGUGCUAUAAACUCUGGGGAGUCCAUCUCUUGCAUAGUUGAUCAGAUAGUGACAUCUUUCUGUAUAUAAACUCUUAACUGCUUUUAGGGACCUUGCAGUUUGCACAUAAUCCUUUUUAUCAUGGCAGUGAGUAUUUGCAAGAAACCCCCUCAUUGGCUUUCCCAGGUGAAAUGUUAUGGUACGCAUGCACAGUUUGCAGUCUAUAGUUUUUAUGUAACGUAAAAUAGGUGUACCUUCAUGAGUACAUUUGAUUUUAUGAUUUACAUUUAUCAUGUCAUUUUUUAAAAAUAUCAUCUGUCUAGUAUAUGUUGCUGCAAGUCUGCUUUUGUUCUCCUUUUUGCUUAAAUACUCUGAUCAAUUACUGAAUUACUUGGUAUGUAGAACUAGAACCAUGGGAAGGUAUGCAGGUAUCAUCAAGCCUAUCCAGUUUCCCUUGAGGAAUAACAAAGCAUGAUUCUCAGCUUUUCUAGGAUGUUUGAGAGUCUUAGUACUAAGUAUAAUUCUCAGUUCAGAAUGUAGCCCAGGCCAAUUCAUAAUUAAAUCUCUAUUUGUUCUGAUGAUGCUUCCAAAAUAGUAUUGGUAAGUUAAAGCAGUUUGGUAUUUUCAUUUACUCCAGUGAUUAGCCCAGGUAACUGGGCUUUAAUCCAUUGCACACAUUGGGUUCCUGAUCCUUGGUGCAGUGUUUUAGUUACAUGGCUUCUGGAAGGAUGGCAGUAAGGUGGCUUUCCCUCAUCUGGGAUUCAGAAGGACAUGAACAGUGUAACGUCUUCAAAUACUUCCACUUUUAAAACCCAACAUCACAAGUGUUGGUAGUGUUUGUCCAGAUGCCUCACUGUAGCUUGUGUAAUGACUAUCUGUAUCUUAUGGCUUCCAUAAAUGGCCAAUUGCCAUUCAAAAACCUCUGUCUGUGUUUCGAAGGUGGGGGAGAAAACACUAAAUGAUAAUUUGAGAAAGGCGUAUUGCUUCCAGAUUCUGAAUGGUGGGGAAAUGCUAUUACAAUGAGAUUGUUGAUAAUUUACUGUAACAAGUAGCCAAUAGUUUAUUAAAAUCCAACCUGUACAGAAUAAUAAACCUUUUCCACAGUAUUCAGUUUUCUAACUCCUUGUUAUAGUACAUUGUAUGUUUUUUCACUCAUCCAUUAUUUAAUUUACAUUGACCUAUGCUAUUUAUGCUCCAUAAGUAAUAUGUACUUAGGCUAGUCACUGUAUUAUCCCUCAUUAAGAUUCUGAUAUUAAUUUUUGCAGUUAUUCUCUAUGUACAAUGGUAAACGAUAAACAUUUUUAUGUACCUUUGCAAUAUGUGUGUUAGUGGCUUUACUUCAGCUUGGCUUUUUUCUGAACAGGGUGUCUUCAUAUAUGGAAACCUUACAUUUUACUUCAUUUAUACUUGGUAGUCUACAUGUGAUUAGAGCUUUUAUACAUUCUGUAUAUUUUUAUUAAAGAUAAGACUUUUGCUUCUAUAAUGUUAGAGAAAGGUAGCUCACAAUACACUUAUAAUUUGGUCAUGUUGCAUUAAAUUUUAGAUUUAUGUACA